UUGUUCCGCUUCAUCAGAAUAAAACAAGGAUAAAGACAGAGGGGCCUGUGUGCCAUGUGCAGUAUUUACAUAAUCUCCUUGUAAAAUGAGCUAUUUUGCCUGUCUAUUCAGGUUUUAUACGACUGCAGAACCACUCAAGCGCAGCUUAUAAAGAUAUAACAUCUUAAAUUCAGUAUUUACUUUUACAUACAUUUUAAGCGUGAGAAAAACUUUAUGGAUUUGCCGCAGCUCUUAUUUUCGAGGGGUAAGUUUGUCUUUCAGCGCACAAACUAAGAGGAGCGACCGUCUAAAUUCAGGUAGAGAAAGAAAGCAAAGUUAGCGACGCUAUUUUCAGCCCGGUGCCAUUUACUUGUUUCCCUCGCGUUAUCUGGCAACCCCGAGCUAACUGCGACAGCGCCAAUGGCAGCAAAACAGAACUGUUAGAAGCGAGGAGGAUGACAGCAACAAGGUGAGAGGAGAUGAUGAAGAGGAUGAGCGCCGUCUGAAGCCAACCAUGGCAGCGAGGAAUGUGGUUGUGCUAAUGGACUUUUAAGCAGGAUUACAUAGUUCAAUUUGUCUGCUGAAAAGGGGAAGAGCAUCCAUUUCGACCUGCGUAACGAGUCUCAACACCGAGUAUGAUUCCUUGGCGGCGGCGGAGGUGAGGAAGCAUGGCGCGGAAAGCUGAGGCGCCGAGACGGCCGUGAUGACAGCAUGGUCCAUGGUGGAGAAGCUCAAAAUGGAAAAACGCCCAUGCAGGGAGCAGAACAUUGACUCAAGAGAGGCCCAUCAUGCCACGGACGAGUCCGAGGACGGUAGCAGCUCCGAGAGCGAGUCGGAGGAGCACCAGUGGCGGCGGCAGCCCCACAGGGCUCAGCUGGGCAACAGCAGCUGCAGGAAGAGGGAGCCCCUCGCCGUCACCAAACCCCACCGCCAGCUCUGCCGCUCUCCGUGCCUCGACCGGCCCAGCUUUUCCCAGAGUAGCACCCUGCAAGACUUUCGCGACGACGACUCCGGCGGCGGCAGUGCCGGCGCCGCGUCAGGCCUCAAGCCCGCCAGCGGAAGGGAGUACCAAACCAAGAUGGAGUUUGCUUUGAAGCUGGGCUACUCCGGAGACCAGGUGGAGACGGUGCUCAACAAGUUGGGGGCCACGGCGCUCAUCAACGACGUUCUCGCCGAGUUGGUCCGCCUCGGGAAUAAAGCGGAGCACGAAGCUCAACCCUGCAGCGCCGCCGCCCCGUCAACGUCACGGCCCCCCUGUGUGAAAGAAACCGUCAGUCCGGAAGUUUCAGUAGAAGAAGAAUCCGUGGAUACGUACGAUAACCUUCGACCCAUCGUCAUCGAUGGGUCUAACGUGGCGAUGAGCCACGGGAACAAGGAGGUUUUCUCUUGUCGCGGUAUCCAGCUGGCGGUCGAGUGGUUUCGAGAGAAAGGACACAAAGACAUCACUGUGUUUGUCCCCGCUUGGAGGAAGGAGCAGUCGAGACCCGACGCUCUCAUCACAGAUCAAGAAAUCUUGCGCAAACUGGAGAAAGAGAAGAUCCUAGUUUUUACCCCGUCUCGAAGAGUCCAGGGCAGGAGAGUGGUGUGCUACGAUGAUCGCUUCAUAGUGAAGCUGGCUUACGAUUCUGAUGGAAUUAUUGUGUCAAAUGACAACUACAGGGACUUGCAAAACGAGAAGCCAGAGUGGAAAAAAUUUAUAGAAGAGCGCCUCCUGAUGUAUUCAUUUGUCAAUGACAAAUUUAUGCCACCUGAUGAUCCGCUGGGAAGACAUGGGCCGAGCUUAGAAAACUUCCUCCGCAAGAGGCCUGUGGUUCCAGAGCACAAAAAGCAGCCUUGCCCUUAUGGGAAAAAGUGCACGUAUGGUCAUAAGUGCAAAUACUACCAUCCGGAGCGUGUGAACCAACCACAGCGAUCCGUGGCCGACGAGCUGCGAGCCUUCGCCAAACUGUCCGCGGUAAAAACAAUGAGCGAAGGGGCUUUGGCUAAAUGUGGUACAGGUCCAGCCGCCGUUAAGGGGGACGUCGGCUCCGAAGCGAAACGCGUGGCGCCUAAACGCCAGUCCGACCCCAGCAUCCGCUCGGUGGCCUGCGAACCCGUAGAGGCGCUCUCCGUCGCCCGGAAGUCCGAGACGAAUUCAGUGCCUUCCCUCGUGUCUGCUCUCAGCGUGCCCACCAUGCAGCCCGCCAAGAGCCACGCAGCCGGGGCGUUAAACACCCGCUCAGCCAGCAGCCCCGUUCCAGGCUCUCUGCAGUUUGCACACAACUCUCUAGAGCACAUGUCCAGCAUACAGUACCCCCCCAUUUUAGUCACCAACAGCCACGGCGCCUCCGUGACGUACAGCGAACAGUUCCCCAAGUAUGACUCGGUCAGCGACCACGGAUACUACUCGCUCCACAGCGAUUUUUCCAACAUGAGCAUGAGCAGCAUGCACAACGUGGACAGUUUCUGUAGCAUGGAGCACGAGCAUGUGUACCAGAGAACCCCCAGCCACUGCCCCGAGUCCUGCCUCAGCCACUCCAACAGCGACUCGUUCUCCUCCUACGGAGAGCUGUACCCGAGCUCCGUGGACAGCAGCCUGGAGGAGAGCAUCAAGGGGCAGCAGCAGCAGGCUCCGGCGCAGGCGAGGAUGCAGGCCUUCUCCCACGGGUUUCGCCACGACGCGCUCACCAGAGUCCAGAGUUAUGGACAGGAGGAGCCUAAGCAAGGUCCUCGCAAGCAGUCCGGGGCGCACCUCGCACCUCACAUCCAGCACGCCACGGUGGGAGCCCGCUCCUCCUGUCCUGGAGACUACCCGCUCGCCCAGAACGUCCUGCCGCCAUUGUCCUCGCAGCCGACGCGGUCUCUAGGGAUGACGCGCAUGGACAGCAUAUCGGACUCUCGGCUGUACGACAGCAACCCGAUGAGGCAGAGGCGGCCGCCGCUGUGCCGCGAGCAGCAUGCGAGCUGGGACCCGCUGCCCUGCGGCAACGAGUCCUACGGAUAUCACUCGUAUCCGCUCAGUAACAGCCUGAUGCCGUGUUGCGAGCGGGUGAUGGUCCGCAGCAUGCCAGACAAAAUGGAGCAAAUCUGGAACUCGCCGUGGGAGAACCCGUCCGCGGCCGAGCACCAAGAGCGGUACGUCAUUCCAGAUCACCAGUACCAAACAUACAGGAACCUCUGCAACAUCUUCCCCGCGUACAUCGUCCACUCGGUCAUGGAGAAGAACCCUCAUUUAACAGAUCCACAGCAGCUCGCAGCUGUGAUCGUUACAAAACUGAGGUCAUGCCACUGAGCAGCGUUUAGAGUAAAUGAGGAAUUUGAUCAGAGAUUAGGCAUUUAUUCGCUGUGGCUGCAUGUGCAGCUCUCAGGAGCUUCUUAUUCUGUCUUGUAUUGUUGGAAAUCGUGUGGAUCAGAUUAUAGGUCUACGAAAAAAUGGCAUAUAUUGGCGGUAAAAAAGAAAAACAAACUCAUGGUAGAAGAUGUUUUUUAUCUGAAGUGUAGUGUAGCCGAUAUGAAAAGUGGAACUCUUUUUAAGGAACUCAUUCAUAACACAUUCACACCGCCUGAGCAGGAGCAGCAAAGCUACAUUUGUUCAGUGUCGCUCAGUUUUAGAGAAUAUCUAACGGAGUGUUAAUACGUUUAAUAAGUAUUGAAUUUUUUUAAACAUUCACAUAGCAUUUCUUAUAUUUGAAUGUACUCAUUAAAACAGACUCGGUAGCUAUAAAUGUGGUGAUAUGCCUUAACCGUUGCCAAAUUAUGUCCCAUUACAACCAGAAACUUCAGUGUGUUUAUUGAAGAGUUAUGUGAUAUGCAAAGGUUUUUAGUCUCUUUUAAUCUAAUAACCCUAAAUAAAAUCCAGUGCAACCUGUUGCCUUCAGAUGUGUCAAAAAGGUCUAAAAGCAUUCCCCUGAACACACCAUCUCCAUGGUGACAGCAUCAUUUUCUUCAGAGGGAGAAGGGAAGGUGGAUGAAUCUAAUGAUGGUGCAGUCCUUCAAGAAAACUGGUUAGGAGCUGUAAAAAGGUAAUACGUGGAUAGAGGGACAGCAAUCUAAACAUCCAGCCAAAACUGCAAUGGUAGGAUUUAUAUCAAAGCAUAUUCUUGUGUUAGAAAAGGUCCAGUCAAAGUCCAGAUCUGAAUUCCAUUAAAAUUGGGUGGCAUAACUUGCUGUUCAUAUCUGAACAAACUUGAGAUAGUUUAAUAAAAAAUAAGCAAAAUUUUAACAGAGACUUAUUGCUAUAAUUCCAGUAAAAGAUGCUUCUGUUCACUAAGGGGGCUGAAUAAGUAUGCACACCACAGUGUUCACAUUUUUAUUUGCAAAUAAAUUUGCUUUUACAUAACCUUGUGUUGGCAUAUAACUUCUUAACAACAAAAUGAAAAGUCUUGAGAAACAAUUUGUCAAAUUUCCACAGCUCUCAAAAUACAGCAACAAGUUGAACACAUUCCUUUCCUUUCUUUUCGUCAGUACACAGCUACAUUAAAGCUGCUGCUUUUGUAGAAAUGGUGAAGUUAGUUGUACUCGCCAAAGAUACUCUGUUUUCAUGGCAGUGCCAUGUUAUCCUCUGAUGUACUUCUGAGGCAUUUUAAGCUGCUAAAGGUGACACAGCUCAGUUGCUGCAUCUCUUUCCUGAACUUUGCUACCUUAGCUAUAGCUUCCUCUCUAAUUGGCCUGGCGUUGCCUCUUCUGCUUACGCUGCUAACAGGGCUAAAUGAAGGAUUGCUUGUUUAGCUCGCUGACUGAAAAUGGCCUCGAAGGUAACAAAAACCAAAUUGUGACUAAGCAUUGCAGAAACCUCCGUACGUAUCGAGGCUUAUUGUGUGUGCAAAAGAAACCAGCAUUUUUAGAAGUAUUAAACUCCCUCUAAUAGUUAGGUUUAAUAAUAAUUGAAAUGCUCUCGCUAUAUAUUAUUAUUUUAUGAAUUAGCUUGCUAGUUUAACCCUAAACCUGCUGGUCACAUGGCAACAAUUUGUUUGGCAAUGACUCUCGUCAAGGACACAUCUGUGUUUGUCCACAUGUAGCUUUCCUGAAGACGCUGCUCAGGCCCUGUGAACAUGUUUUGUUUCUGGUGCAGUGGAACUAUAAAUAGUCUUGCGUUGCAAUGCCUCUGCUGUACAUAGUACUUGUGAUAUAUAAAUAUAUAUACAUAUAUUUUUGUGCAUUUAUUUUCAAAUGAAGUAAGAGGGAGGUAGGUAUAUACCUCACAGCAUGACCUAUGACUUUAUGGCCUUAUAUCUGAAUGACCUCACGCUUUAGUCAUUGUCUGAUUGGUUCAAGUGGACGUUGUCAUUAAAGCCUCCUAAUUUUCAAAUGUAAAGCACUAUCACAAUAUCUAAAGAGAUAUAUUUUCUCAAAAAAGCUACUAUUUUGGUAGGAUUUGACUGUGCACAAAGCAAGCCAAACAGAGAUUUGACUUGUAGAUGCGUGCACAUAUUUAUGUACAGAUGAUCUCACGAAAGCCAUUAUUUUAAAGUUACUUAUCAGCUGCUAGGAAAUGCCAAAAAAAUAAAAAAAAUAAACAGAAUUUCUAUAGUGGUACGAACUAGCAUUAUUGCAAUUUGUUUCUUAGGGUCGAUUGGAGUAUAAUCAAAAAUAGUUCUGUAUUUAGGAUUUCAAAGUUCCUUUCCUGACCUUAUUAUAUGCAGCAUUCAGGAUUUGACUAGGAAUAAAUCUGUCGAAUCGCUUGUGCUGGUUGUUUUCAGUGUAAAAGUCAUCACUAAAUGUUUGUUCAAACUAGCAGAAGUUCUGUCAACUUCAAGUUUUCUGUGACGCCGUUGGGUUUUCAGGAGCAGGUUAAGUUUCACACUUUUUACACUCACUCAGUUGUUCCAGGUAGGAAGGCGCCAGUGUGAGAAAUGCAGUGAGACCCCAGUUUCACCACAAAUGCAUAGAACAUGCCACAAUUAAAAUAAGUGUAUUUCCGGAUUUAAUUGGGCAAUGUACUCUUUCAGUUUUCACACCGUGAUAGAAAAUACUUUCAAACAGGCACAUUUGUCUUUGUUGUAAGCCAAGGAAAAUCAAGUAGCCUUCUUUCAGCCAGCUGACAAGCAGAGCGCGACGGCGAGUGACAGGGGUUCCUAUUUUCCAGGUCUGGAUUAGUACGAAAAAAACCCCAGGAAAAAUGAUUUGUAUUUCCGUACUCUAUUUAUCUAUCUCAUUUUUAAAUAUUGUAUGCUCCCUUCCGAUCCUUCUGUGUAUCUGUUCUUCCAUUUUUCAAUGUUUCUUUCCUCCCUUUCUUAUUGUUUUUGUCUUUUUUUUUCUCUCCACCAUUAGUUCCUUACUCUACAUUCCUUCUUUCAAUCCUUCCUUGUAUUCUUUCUUGUCUCCUUCUUUUCUUCAUUUUUUUCCUCCAUCCCUCUCCCGCUUCCUCCCUCCCUUCCAUUUUUUUCCAGUUUUCACGUUUAAAGCCUUUCCCAACUGUAGAAAUAAAUGCUCCAGUGAACUCUAGUUUUUUUCAAUGUAAACUGUAAGCACAGCUUGAAAGAAGAUCUCAGUGGUUAUGAAACCGUAACAGUUUUAAACCUUGAUGUGUCGCUUGAGGUAGUGGGACGGUGUUUCUCUGACGAAGUCCGGGCUCAAAAAGUAUACAGUGGAAAGUAAAGCGUUUACGGUGGAAAACUUAUGUGUCCGCAGUUUAUAGGGGCAGCCAAUCACUCACACUCUAACAAUAAACGCUCCUGAGGAUUUGCAGAUGACUUGUAACAUUUUCCCUCCUAGACGUGGUUGAGUUUACGUUUUAGAAGCCGACGACACUAUCUAGUUUCAGUAGGUAUCAAAUUUUAGAUGGGAUAAAAACAUGGCUAAUUGUAUGCAAACUAAUGUAAGUUAAGAAUCUAUGCUUUGUGAAAACCAAUAUAAUGUGGCUUAUUAUGGUCCAUGUAAUGAAUUCAUGCCUUAAGCUCAUCUUUUAACCAACCUGGCUUCCUAUGUGCAUGUCAGUGUGUUCAGUCUUUGAGAAGGGAGUUUUUCUCGCGGCGGUAAACGGCGUCCUCCACAUUUGUUGGAAAACCCCUUAAAAGAUAUUAAUAGUUUUGCAGUAACAGAAUCUCAGACUGAAAAUGUUGUACCAAUAGAUUAGGGAGCUUUUGAGAUUUGUGACUUGGGUCUGGUUUUACAUUUUAGUUGUUCCUCUGAAAAGUCUGAAAGUCCAGAACAAGCUGCUGCUUUGUGGCUCAACUUUUUAAAGUAGACUUUAAAGAGUAUAUUUUAUCAGCAGAGGUAGGUAAGUAGCUGUUUUUUUUGUGUGGAAUGGUAUGUUCUCUUGUGUUUCCAAUUUUGAUGAAUGGCUAACCGAAACUGGCUUCUGUGUCAUGUCACUUUUUUUUUUUUUUUAACCCCAGUGGAACAUAGACAGAUAGUACUUUAAAUUAACUUUUGGAUUAAAACAUUUUUUUUUAGUUUGAGAUUAUUUUCCUGCUAUAAAAGAUGAAUUAAUUUUAAGGCAGAGGAUUGCUGAAAAUGCAGUAGAUAUUUGUUAAAACCUGCCACACUGAAGCAGUGUCAGCCAUCACAGUUUAACGUUUGCAUCUGAUUUUAUGACGUUGCAUUUUCCAGAUGUAACGAGGCUGUAAAGGCUGUAAUUAUCGUCACAUCUUGUAGACUACGUCUUCAAAACUGUAAGCAAAAGGGUUUUCUUAUAAGCCAAUAAAGCAAAUUUAGAGGCAGAACUUCCUGUAGGGCUUUUAGUGGCAGGCUUGACUGCUGGAAUACACACGUGUGUACAGUAACACAUUUCACAUGCAUACAUGCAGCCAGAGUAGAAGUAGUAUGGAAGGCUGUGCGUUGCAGCACAUUGCUCUCAGGAUGCUUUCAGAUUUUCCAUUUAAAGUCUAUUUAUGCCAGAAACCAUUGGUUACCAUCCACAGUGUGUUCUGAUCUAGCAGUGGUUUAUUUUGUGAAAAAUCCUACAUGUAAUAUGUAGUAAAACCCAAAAGUUAGCUAUGUACAGUUCAAUAUAGCAAUGGCAUUGCAAAACUUUGUACUUUUCUGUAUAUUCUCUUUAUGCACCUUAAGAUCCUGAACAGCGAGCUAUAGGGUUGAGCUUUCACGCUGUGCAACUUCAGUGGGAUUAUUUAGUUGUUUAUGUGAGGCAGAAACACAAAAUGUGAAGUAAAGUGGCGAGGUUCGGACCAGAAAUCUUGUCAGCGAUUCAGCAGGUCCCCAUCUCCUUAUUUUAAUGAGCACCUGCCUCCGCUGUGCUGCCCCCUUCAGGACAAACCGUGAAACAGGCAGCUACAGAAGUCAGUGAAGUUGCACCGUGAAAGCCAAACCGCAUAGCAGGGCCGCACUUUGCCUGCUUUUAAAGGGAAAUACCACUCAUUUUUCUGGAUUCAAGAAGGUCAUAUAUUAUUGCUAUGUUCUUUAAUAUGAGAAAUCCCCAGUUGGUAAGAAAAACAGCAUUGUGGUGGUAUUACUCGUUAACAGCGCUAACUGUGUGAGCCUCUCGGUGGUGCUUUAAAAUAUGGAUUUAUUUUUAAUGUUUUGGGUACAACCGUGGUAUAUGAGCAGACAUAGCGCAUAAAGAGAAGAAAAAAAUGUUGAAUGUGUUCUGCCCAAACGACGUUUUUGGGCUUUGCUGACUUUGUUUUUUUCAUGAAAAAAGACGAGGCCACUUGAGGCCGUCUGUCUGUUCAUGAGAAGGUGAAACAAACUGCCUAAAUGUUUCUACAUGUGAAACAAUCAGAUUGCAAGGCUGCUGUCAAGGUUGUUUCUGGCAUUUGGCUAAAGGUUUGCGUGCCAUCCUUUUCCCCCUGGAGAUUACUGGAUUAUCUGGACAAAAAAAGUGAAUCUGAAACCCAGGAAACUUGUAUUAAAAUGAAGAUUUAAAAAAAGUAAUGCUGUUGUCUAAUCUGAAAACUGGAACAGUCUUUUGCCCAGAUGAACUCGGAGUAAUUACCAAACGUGUGUUAAGGUGAGCUUAGUGAUAUUAGCCACAAAAAAUGUACUUGAUUGUAAAGUGUCUGCUUUAUUUAGCAUGAACAGAAAAAUCACACGUCCCUUGCAAGUAAAAAUUUCAUGAAGUCAGCGGUGUAGCUUUAGUUGUGCAUGUGGAUAAUUCAAAUGAAGAUCAAAUUCUAUGUGAAAAAGUUUCUUUUUUCCUUUUUUAAGUGAUUUUUCUCCACUUAUUUUGCACUUUGCAAUUUAAAACCCUGAGCUAAAUUACUUCAUUUUUGUCCGUAGAUAAGAAAAAUCCAGACAUAUAGAUAAGAUUUUGAAAAAUUUCUCCAAAAGUAAUAUUUGUGUUCUAAAACCAGAUUCACCUCCUAACCUUGACUUAUGCUAAACGAAGCACUGAAACUCCUUUUUAAACGCAAAAUAGACAUUGCAAUGCAGGGAUUAAAUCAAAAACGAGUAAUUUUACCUGAUCAAUGAUUUACCAUUCAGAAAAUGACUUAGUAAUUAUAAAAUAUUUUGAAUAUAUGGAGAUAAUCAUGGUAAUUCUGUCAUUUUGUUCAAAGAGCCUGGACUUUGUUUUACUAGUACUAGAUUAGACUCAAUAAGUAAGACCUCGGAUAAAAAAGAAAUGUGCUCAUCAUUACUAUUUUAUUUUUGAAGUACUAUAAAAAAAAACUACUGAAAGUCUGGAAAUUUGAGUCAAAAGUACAUCUUUUGCGAUGAGAAUAUUUACAGGCGUAUUCCAGAGAUUUCUGGGCAAUGGACUGCUCCCACAGCUGAAGUAAACCUCUCUCUGUUGCUGAAAAAAAUACUUCCAGUGUUCCUGAUGCAGAGGUUCGAACUCUAAGGCACCAUUGGUGACGUUGCACCCCUUCCUUCUGGUUUCAAUGUGCCGCAAACAGCUAAGCCACAAAUGUCUAGAAUUGACUUUUGCUUGUUGAUACAAAUUGUAUCUAUACCUUGAAUGUAAUAAAAUAUGAAAUGUAUAAUAUGAAAAUAGUUUUAUUUAAAUGAAUGGGAGAGGGGGGUAAUAAUGCCAUAAUGUUUGUGACACUAUGUGUCACUGGGAGUAGCCCACUGGUAUGUACUAAAUCUUACUGGGUACAGUAGUUACUUUGCAGGGACGUUUAUGUGCCACUUAAAAGUGCACAGAUUCCCUGUGUACAGCAGUAAGCAUCGUGUCCUCUCUGUAGAUAGUUACACGUGUGUGUGUGUAUAUAUAGAGAAAUGUAACACCUGGGUUAUUCAUAUACUUCUUCAGAUAAUUUGUGCGUUGCAACCCAUGCAUCUUCUUCUUCUGAAUGAACGUUUUAAUGGGAAUCUUAAGUAUUUUUGGAUAUAUUUUGCCUAAUGAAACUUGCCAAAGUUAUUCUUCGGUGGCUUCGUCAAACAUAGUCUCAUGGUUUUUAGCGCACAUGCUGUCGAUGAACGACUUGUGUGUUUACACGGACACAGGACGGUGAAUCCACACAGGAAGUUAGGAGUAGCCAGGCGAAAAACACAAAUCCGGUUUUAGCCUGGUGGUUGAAGGACUAAUUCAGAAUUUUCCAUGUCCAACCGAGAUUUGUGUUUAAUGUUCGCUACUCCGACGCUCUUAAGUUGGUGUUUAUUGAAAUGUUUGACAGUUGAUUUAAUGAGCAACUCUUAAUGUUCACAAAGCACAGGUGUGUUGAGUCGUGAUUUGUUUGACUAUUUAAUUAUUCACAGUGUAAUUUAGUAAUUUCUGCAUCCGAGGCCUGUUUUAUUGAGGACUUUAAGGAUGAUAUUGUCAGUUUCAUUAAGUUCUGAUUGAGUUGUUGUGGGAACAGAGCGAAACCAAAGUGACUCCAGAUGUGACAACAUAUCUGUUGAAAAAUGGUUCAAAAGCGUCGUGCGGUUUCGCGCGACCGUUCAGAAUUGCUGGUGUACAAAAUGCCACGGCGAAGCGUACACACACACAGACACACACACACCUAACUCGACUGUACAUAAACAGAAUUCAGUGUAAUACUCAGGUUUAGUCACACAAACUUUAUAAAUCACAGACUUUGUUGUUUUCUGAUGUGGAGAAAUGCAGUGGUCACCUCCGUGGAGUAAAUGUAGGUCUCUUGUUUGAGUAGACAAUGUGUCUACGGUGUAAAAAGAAUACAAAAUAAAACGACAAAAAAAGGGAAAUGUACAGCAAGUUUUGUGUUGUGAUGAUCAGCAGUAUUGUUAUCCACACUGGCUGGAAUAAGCAUUGAUUUUAUAGAUCAAAAUGAACAAAAAUACUAGAGUAUUUGAGUCUGUGGGCUCAAACAAAAUGUAAGUCUUAAUGACAAACUGUGUUUCUCCAUAAAUAAAGCAAACCUCUGUUCAA